AUCGGCUGUGAAUUAGGGUUCUCAGAUUGCAAAAAAAGAAAGGAGAAGAAUUAGGGUUCUCUUUUUCGAUUGAUUCGCAAAGCAAGGAGGCCCCUAUUUCAAUCAUCGUUAAGUGGCAGUAAAGAAUUGAAGCUAUGGGAGGCCAUGGAGGGUUAAAUAUUUUGCCCCAGAAACGUUGGAAUGUUUAUAACUACGAGAACAGAGAAAAAGUACGGAAAGAUGAAGAAGCUGCUGCAAAAGAAGAGCAGCUAAAACGUGAACAGGCAAGGAAAAGGGAUGCCGAGUUCCGACUUGAGCAGCUUCGGGCUGCUCGCGGUUUGGCUCCAUUAGAUAAACCUGGAGGUUCAGAACCUGCUGCUGAAGAGCCUGAAGAGGUUGUGGAAUCUGAACCCAAAUCCGGUCACAUUAAUCUCUUUGAAGGGAUAAAGAUUUUUGAUCCCGUUAAAGUCUUGGGGAAGGAAGAGGGUGCUGAGAACGAUGGAUUCAAGAGGAAGAAAUUGAAGAAAGAGGAGGCACCCAAGGUUGUGGCGCCCGAGGAUGAGAAGUAUAGAUUGGGAUACGGGAUUGCCGGGAAGGGAGUUAAGUUGCCAUGGUACCUGGAGAAGCGGAAUGUAGAUGUUGAAGAGGGGAAUGGCAAUGAUAGGCCAGAAAGAGUCCAGAAGGAUGAGGGACGGAAAACCGGGAAGAAGACAAUAGAAGAGUUGCGGGAAGAACGUUUGAAGAGGGAGAAACGUGAGAAGGAGAGAGAACGGGCAUUGUUAAUCAAGGGGACCAACACAAAAAGGACUCUGAAGGAUACAAGGUUUUCCAGGAGACGGAGAGCAGAGACUUCGUUUCGACGGUUCUAUGGCAUCUAAUACGAACACUCUCUUGCAUUUUGAGGACCUGGCGCUCCCUUCGUUUCAGGUUAUAGUGAUGACUGCAAACAUGGGGUGCGCUGAAUGCCGAAAGAAAGUCUCAAGUUUUAUCUAAAAUAACUGGACUGAGGGAAUACAUAGUGGAUGUCGGUAAUAAACACGUGACUAUAAAGGCAGAUUUUGGGGUUCGUUGGGAAGUGAAAAAUGAUUUUUCUAAGACCAGAAUGAGAAAGCAUUGGCAUCCACUUGAUGUCUUCAAGUG